GUGCUUGAAUGUAAAUGCUCGUCGCUCCGUACCGGACUAGCGUGAAGUGGGCCUUUGCGUCCAGCCUUACACCCGAUCCCAAUGUUUAAUCAGGCCACACCACAUCCCAAUGCGCUUAAUGGGUGGGUGGGAGGGUCUUCGGCUGGUCCGCAAGUUUUAAGCCUUGGGUCCAGAGCGGCGGUCGAUGGCUUAGCCUUUCUUGGCACUGACGCGACUAGCUCCGCGCAGCCUUCCUUUGUUCCUGGAUGGGGCUUACGUGGUGUGGUCCCUCUUCGCACUGGCGGCCUCGGCCUUCCGGGGGGUCCGCUUUCCUUGGUUGGAUUGUCGGCUCCCUCUCUCGAGUCUCCACCUUUGGCGCCUUCUGAGUUCUUUCUUGGCCCUGGGGUUGUCACCGGCGCCGCCGCCGGAUCCGCUGGGCCCCCCGUUAGCCGGCCUUUCCCGCUGGGCGUUCCUGCCCAGGCACCUGCCCCCUUGGGUGUGGCUCGCGGUCGCCUAGACCAGGUUAUCGCUCGGCUCCGCCCUUCGCCCCUCAUUUCAGCCGCGGAUCAAGAAGCGUCUUACCAGCGGGGUCUGGCCGCGGCCAACCAGAUGCUCCUUGGUGCCCUAGCCUCUUCUACGGUGUCCCGCCAGGAUGGUGCCGUCACCGAGUUCCUGAGUUGGCUUUCCAGCCAUGGUCGUGGUCGGGACUGUGAUGACGGCUCAUAUUACCCCUAUUUGGAUGCUCUCCUACAAGAUCCUAGAUACUCCUACAUUGUGGGAAGCUCACAGGAGCUAAGGGCGCUUCCCGAAUACAACUCAACGGCACGGAGCUUGCCCAUCAUUGGAAGGAAAGUUGUAGUUGGCGAGUCAUUUUUCAGUGUCUUUUCGGCUGCACAAAUUCGGCUCUGGGAGGUCGAGAAUGGAACAGCUUACGUUCCCGCUUACUUCGACGUCCGGAACGCAAGAAUGCGGGGCCGUUACCUACAACAUCACACGGUGGGGGUCCGAGGACAUCACACGGUGGGGGUCCGAGGACAUCACACGGUGGGGGUCCGAGGACAUCACACGGUGGGGGUCCGAGGACAUCACACGGUGGGGGUCCGAGGACAUCACACGGUGGGGGUCCGAGGACAUCACACGGUGGGGGUCCGAGGACAUCACACGGUGGGGGUCCGAGGACAUCACACGGUGGGGGUCCGAGGACAUCACACGGUGGGGGUCCGAGGACAUCACACGGUGGGGGUCCGAGGACAUCACACGGUGGGGGUCCGAGGACAUCACACGGUGGGGGUCCGAGGACAUCACACGGUGGGGGUCCGAGGACAUCACACGGUGGGGGUCCGAGGACAUCACACGCUGGUGUAUCCCUACCUCUUCAUCAAAUACGCCCGGCUUGGGCCGGUCUGGGUGGAGGACCUCACGCUGUCCUGCGCAGCGAAUGCGGAUAUCCAGCCAUCCGCCUGCCCCCAAACGCUCCCACCCACCAUUGUCAACGUUUCCAGCCACGACGACCUGGUCAACGCGUUGACCACGCUUGAAAGCACACAUCUGGCACGCUGUGAAACACACAUGACCGUGCUGCGCCUGCUGAGCGACGUAACGCUGGAUGUGAGUCGUUGGCCGCGCGGCGGCGGCGGGCUCUUCAUCACAUCGAAUGUUACCUUUGAAUGCGCCCCGGGGCAGUUGCUGGUGCUGGAUUUUGCUGGCGGCCUGAAUCUGUUUAAAUUGCGCGGUGCCGCGUUUGUGCGAAUGCACAAUUUGGUGGUGACGAACCUUGCAACGGCACCGGUUGGUGUGUUCACUGUGCCAAUCUGGGCGUUCAAUUUUGAAAGGGACCUCAAUGUGGUUGGAGAGGGCCGGCUGCACAUGGUCAACACCACUGGUGUUAUUGCACGUGAUGAAUUCGCGCACCUGCUGUUCUGGACAUCCAUACUGAGCAAUCCUCUGCAGGCGGUUGCGGCUCUGGCAGCCUGGCAGCAUUUGAUCGGAAGCAUGGAUAAUUAUCCCCGAAUCACCAACGAAAGCCUCACAUUCAGCCAGAUUACCGGCAUGGGAGUAACGUGCGCCAACAUCACCAUCAUCACGCAACCAUUAUCCGCCCCGGUCAUCAACGCCACUGCCACUGCCAUUGCCAGCGACGAUGCGAUACGCAGCAGCCCAUCAUUCGAGCACCUGAUGACGCUGCCGCCGCUGCUGCGACCCCUCACCGGGGUCGACCAGCUCCUAGGCUCAGACAUCUUCGCUGGACCGCCGUACACCGUCGCCAUUUACUCCGCUGCACAGCUGCGCCGUACACUCGCUUUUCCCGACGCCCGCUUCACUCGUUUAGCUCAGGCCGACGGCCUAACGAACAGCAAUACAACUGCCGUGCUCCUACUUCUGCAAAACAACAUUUCCCUGGCGGUGGCGGACGGGCUCCCUCGCAGCGUCGCCGCGAAGCUGCCUGUGCUGCGUCGUAUAAUCGCACAGGGCAAGCCGUACAGCGGCGUGGAGCUGGAUUUUGGACUGGGGACGGGGCUUCUGGCCGCUGUUGGGCGUGGUGGUGAGGUGGCGUUUAAGUACUUGACGCUGCGUGGAGCCGGAUGGUUGGCGAAUUACACGCCGGCGAAUGCAGCUCAGCAGUUGUCACCUCAGAGCUAUCUGCAGAUGGGGAUGUGGGUCGUGAGCUUCGAACGCACGGGGCAGCGGCGUGUGAGCCUCCAGUCCACCAGGAUGCUCAUCUCCUCGCAAGAGAUGGACCUGCUGCUCAGGUCUUUUCGGAGACAUCUGCGCUCAGCUGAUACCCCAGGGCACGCAGGUGCGUAUCGGAAUGGCUCUAGUGCGCGUACAAACACCCACGCAAUCGUCGGCGGCGCCGUCGGCGGCGCUGCCGGCUGCUUGCUGCUGGCGGUGGCGGCGCUGAUGUACGGCGUCCGCCGCAGCCGCUCCCGCCGCCACGAGGAGCAGGAAGCGGGCCUUCGAGGCUUACAAGCCAACCAGCUUGAGCAGAUCAGCCAACAAAAUCCGUUGGCGCAACUGAUUUUGGAUCACUUGGCGGGUAAGGAUCAAGCCGUGGCGGCCAAGCUGGAGCGUGCAGGCGGCAGUACGGCAGACAGCCAGGCUACUGCUGUCGCCACCAUAGUUGCCGGCCACACGACCAGUGCUAGCUUUGGCGCCGCUGCCACCGCCGCUGCUGCCGCCACCAGCGGCGCGUCCAGUUGUUGUGCCGUCGGUUCAGACGGCGCGUGCGCCGUGACGGCGGCGACGGCAAUUACGGCAGCGGCAGCGGAUCCCGCUAAUAUCAAUGCCAUUGAGCUUGCAGAAAUCUUUAAACACCUGACUAUUUUGGGGGUGGCCAAUUUAUCCAACGCAACCGCAGCUGCUGCAGCCGCGGCCGGCGGGCGGGAGAGCGGCGGCGGCAUGAUGGACAGCGGUGGCAGCCGCGGUUUCCGCUCCGGAACCAAACCCGGAUUUACCGGCGGCAGCCGCAGCAGUGUGGGUGGCAGCACCGGCAGCGGCAGCGGCGGCAGCCCUGCGGGUGGCGGCGGCGGUGCUACCAAUCCACAGCAAGUCCCCGGGCUGCUGGCGCUGCCCCAUGCCUUAGUGCAGAGGAUGAGCUGGUGUUGGGAGGCCGGAGGGACGCACGGUAGGGAGCGGGCGUGGGACAAGAAAAGUACGGCGGGCCAACCGCCAGGUCCAGGGAUAGCAUGCAGCGUCGGCGGCGGCAGCAGCUGUGGCAAAAAGGCCGGGGAAAAAGAUGACGGGAGUCCGCUGCCGCAGCAGCGCGGCAGUAGCCCCGGCUCAGCCGCUCAUGCGGCUACUGCGGCGGUGGCAGGAGUCACAGGGUCAGCAUUAGCAGGGUCAGCAGCGGCGGCAGCAGUAGCGCCUGCGGUCGAGGGAAACGGCCAGGUUGCAGCUCAAACAGACGUCGCAGCCGGCGGCCGUACGGGGCCAGGGACGUUGGUGCCGGCGCCGCUGCCGGCGGCGCCAGCAGGCCACGACGGCGACGUGGAAGAGGCCGGCGGCGGGGCCGCCGAGCGCGGCGGCAUGUGCGGCAAGGGUACGGCAGCAGGCAGCACCAUCACUGCCGCUGCCGCCGCCGCUACCGCCGCCUCGCUCCCCCCUGGACUUCACCAUCAAGUAUCUCAGAGCCCCGUUCUGGAGGAGUUACUGCGAUUGAGCUUGGACCUGGCUGGCGAGAUUGACGACAACCAGCUCAUGGUGAGGGAUGUGGUGGCCAGUGGUGGCUUUGGAACUGUGUACCGGGGCACUUGGCACAACCUGCCCGUGGCGGUCAAGGUGGUGCUCUUCUCCACAGCCUCCACCAACAGGCGGAUCGCGCUGCAGGAGGCAGCCCUUUCCAAAUCCAUCAGCCAUCCGAACAUCAUCGCGACGUACGCUGUGGACGCAAAGCCCAUGGCGGUGCUGAGACGCGGUAGCAAGGGUGGCGGCGGCGGCGGUGGUGGUGGUGGUGGUGGUGGUGGUGGUGAAGCCGGUGGUAGCGAUGCCAGCGGUAAGCCGCUGCCUAGGCACGAGGCCAGGAGCCGCAGCCUGGCAGAUAUUGAGGAGUGGCGGCUGUACAUCAUCCAGGAGUUCGCUGACGGGGGGACUCUGAGGCGGGCGCUGGACAUCGGAACCUUCCAUCAAGAACUGAAACACCCGCACCCACACCAUUUUUGCACGCCGCGAAUCGACAUGAUCCUGGAUAUCGCUCAAGGGGUGGCAGCUGCGCUGGCCCACCUGCACUCGAAGAACAUCGUACACGGGGACCUGAACCCCAAGAACGUGCUACUCAAGAUGGUAACACGCGGCGGAGGCUCCGAAACCCCUCAGGCUAACGGUCGAUGGCUCGGGACCAAAAUGUCAGCAGCGGCGGCGGCGUCUUCGCAGUACAGCGACUACCCUCUGGCCGGUCGCUGCGGCUUUGCCAUCAAAGUAGCGGACUUUGGCCUUAGCGUAAAGAUGGAGCACAGCCACGUCAGCGGGUUGCGACAGGGCACUCCGUUCUACGCGGCACCGGAGCUGUCCCAGCUGGGCAUCAUGUCCCGAGCUGCUGACACUCACAUUGCAGCCGUCAAUGUGGGGGGGGAGUUGCUGGGGGAUGUCCAGCUCCGUCCGUCCCAGAUCUGGGUUCCGGAUCCUGUCGCUCCGGGUGGUUAUGUACAGCACUGCGACUUCCCUCUCCUGCCCCCGGGCUGCCCCUCGGAGUACUGCGAGCUGGUUUCGGAGUGCUUGCAGCUCAACCACCUGCAACGACCCGGCUUUGAGGAGAUCGGAUCACGGCUUCGGUCGCUCGCCGUUUGGUGGUGCUGCCUGGGAAGAGGUGAUGCUGCCUGGGCGCCCUCUGCUGCUAUGACCAUCAAGACCAACGCGACUGGAAGCGGCGGCCGUGGCGGUGGUGGUGGUGGUGGUGGGAUAGGCGGUGAGGUCUUUGCAGCUAUGCCUGGCCGGGCCCUUCCUGCCGUACUUCCGCCGCAGCUGCCACACCAUCAAGCCGUACUGCUACAGCAGCACUACCAUCACCAGCAGCACCAGCAACACCAGCAACACCAGCAACACCAGCAGCACCAGCAGCACCAGCAGCACCAGCAACACCAGCAGUCGCAUGCACAGCUCGGAGGUAAGGUCAUCCAGCCCCCGUUACAAGCUCAGCAGCUGCAGGGUGCCCCCGAACCGGAUGUGGUGGCUGCCACCGCGUUCGCGGCGAUGGUGGGUACAACUCAGCGAACGUGUGAGGCCACGGCGGCUCAACGUGUCCGGCUUCCAGCAAAUGAGCAGCAGCGGCAGCAGCAAGGGCCCGUCCUGCGGGAGCCGUACCCGCGGCUACCGUACCAACCGCCGUAUCAACAGUUGUGCGAGCAGCCGUACGAGCAGCCGUACCAGCAAGCACGACAUGUUGGACCUCAGAACCACCGGCCUGUGGGCCAUGUGGAUGACGCUGCUGCUGCGGUGAUGGAGAGCAGCGCUGGCGGUGGCUACUGCGGCGGCAGCGACAGCGCGGCAGCUAGCGCCGUGCAAGUGAUGCCUGCGCUCGCAGACGUCACCAUGGUCCGACGGAGCGAUAUUGUCGUACUGCCAUUUCCGGAAGUUGGGAGGCGAGGCGGCGUCGAGGCAGCGGCGGCGGUUGAGGAACGUGUAGGUGGUACGGCAGAAGCCCCGCUGCCGGCGUUGGAUCGCUCUGAAGUAAGCACCACCACCGCCGCCGCCGCCGUCACCGCAAGCCGGUACGAGCACCUGUUGCCUGGCGGCGGUGGCGGCGGCGGCGGCGGCGACGGUGGGGGCGGUGGGGAGCUGGUUCCAGACCCCGAGCAGAACAACAUCGACGACAAGCUCUGUGACGCCCUGCCGGCGCUGCUCACCUGUCACAGGGCCGGUAACGGCGGCGGCGACAGUCAUGAAAGCCGUGAGGGGUACGGCAAUAGUGAAGACGGCAGCGGGGCCGAUCGACCGUUGUUCAUGUCCCCGACGGCGACGGCGACGGCGACGGCGAUGAGUCACCUGACGACGGCGCCACAUCCGGUGGAUCCGUACGCAGCUGGGAACGGAACCGGGUGCAUCACGGGCAGCAGCGCCGCCGGCGCCAGCGUCAGUGUUGCAACGAUGAUGGAUGCCGUACGGCCCCGCGGGUUGGAAGCGAUUCGGGAGGAGCCGGCGGAGGAGGAAAUGUAG